UAUUCCACCAAUAGAAAAGCAGUGGUGUGCUGCUGUGCCUUUCUUGCAUGAAUAUGGCCGACAUUUUGAUACUGCUGUCAUGAAGAUUUUUCAGUAACAAAUUUUUAUCUUUGUAGUUCUUCAUGCACGGUUUUAAGUUCCCGGAACGUUUUAUUUUUUAAUUGCUUAGACAGUGUUUAGUGUAAGCGUAUUUUAUUGUUUAUAAUGGCAGCUGAUCGCGAGAUUGCUGCUGAAGACAGCAUUAGAGUCGUAUGCCGAUUUCGACCACUCAAUGACUCCGAGGAAAAAGCUGGUUCAAAAUUUAUUGUGAAAUUCCCUUCUGGACCUGAUGACAAUUGCAUUUCAAUAGGGGGUAAAGUAUACCUGUUUGACAAAGUCUUUAAACCCAAUGCUACCCAAGAGAAGGUCUACAAUGAAGCUGCUAAAAGUAUUGUAUCAGAUGUCCUGGCUGGGUACAAUGGCACCAUAUUUGCCUAUGGUCAGACUAGCUCAGGAAAAACACAUACAAUGGAAGGUGUCAUAGGAGAUCCAGGGAAACAGGGUAUUAUUCCACGGAUAGUCAAUGAUAUAUUCAACCACAUCUAUGCUAUGGAAGAGAACCUUGAGUUUCACAUCAAAGUGUCAUAUUUUGAAAUCUACAUGGACAAAAUCAGGGACUUGUUGGAUGUAUCAAAAGUGAACCUCAGUGUUCAUGAAGACAAAAACAGAGUCCCAUUCGUUAAAGGUGCUACUGAACGAUUUGUGUCCAGUCCUGAGGAAGUGUUUGAAGUUAUUGAAGAAGGAAAAUCAAAUAGACAUAUUGCUGUCACAAACAUGAAUGAACACUCAUCUAGAUCUCACUCAGUCUUCCUCAUCAAUGUAAAGCAAGAGAACUUGGAGAACCAAAAGAAACUAUCAGGAAAGUUGUAUCUUGUUGACUUGGCUGGUUCAGAAAAGGUUUCUAAAACUGGUGCUGAAGGUACUGUUCUUGACGAGGCCAAGAACAUCAAUAAGUCACUAUCAGCUUUGGGUAAUGUGAUCUCAGCUUUAGCAGAUGGAAACAAAUCCCAUAUCCCCUACAGAGAUUCUAAAUUGACACGUAUUCUACAAGAGUCACUUGGAGGUAACGCCAGAACGACUAUUGUCAUCUGUUGUUCCCCUGCUUCAUUCAAUGAGAGUGAAACCAAGAGUACACUAGACUUUGGUAAAAGGGCCAAAACUGUUAAGAAUGUUGUGUGUGUCAAUGAAGAACUUACGGCUGAAGAAUGGAAACGUCGUUAUGAAAGGGAGAAGGAGAAGGUGGCUAGGCUGAAGGGCAAGGUUGAGAAACUAGAGGCUGAGCUUGCCCGCUGGCGCUCUGGCGAGACAGUCCGGCCUGAGGAACAAGUCAACUUGCAAGAGAUUGACGCCGUCACCCCGGUCACGUCGUUCAUUGAAGAGAAACCGCCAGUACCCCCUGUUCCUGUAGCAGUAUCGAGCGCUGUUGAAGACGCGGCCAUGCAAGGCAAGCUGGAGGCUUUGUAUCAACAACUGGACGAUAAAGAUGAGGAGAUCAACCAGCAGUCGCAGCUUGUGGAGAAACUCAAGGAACAGAUGAUGGAGCAGGAGGAACUUAUCGCCUGCACAAGGCGUGACUACGAAACUCUGCAAGGCGACAUGAACCGCAUCCAGCAAGAGAACGAAGCCGCCAAGGAGGAAGUGAAAGAGGUGCUCCAAGCCCUGGAAGAGUUGGCCGUCAACUACGACCAGAAAUCGCAGGAGGUUGACAGCAAGAGCCGCGAGUGCGACCAACUAUCGGAGGAGUUACAGACCAAUAAGAGCGCAUUGACAACUGCUACUGCCGAGCUACAACAACUGCGUGACUUGUCAGCCCACCAGCGCAAGCGCAUCGCUGAAUUACUCACGAAUCUGCUUCGAGACUUGGCUGAAAUUGGGGCAGCGGUUGGAGGCUCCGAACUAGACUUCAAACUGAAUGUGGACACUGUUGGCAAGCUUGAAGAGGAGUUCACGGUCGCUCGCUUGCACAUUAGCAAGAUGAAGAGUGAAGUUAAGAACAUUGUUCAACGUUGCCAUUCGCUCGAGUCUGCUAACAUUGACGCCAACCAAAAGAUUGAAGAAUACGAGCGUUCGCUGGGCGAAUGCCGACUGCUGAUAUCUCAGCACGAGGCUCGGUGCGCGUCGCUGGCGGAGUCCAUGCGCGAAGCCGAGAACAAGAAGCGGCAGCUCGAGGAGGCGGCCGACGCGCUGCGCGAGGAGUGUGCGCGGUUGCAAGCGGCCGAGCGCGUGCAGCUGGCGGCGGCGGAGCAGCGCGCCGACUCGCAGGUGCGCGGCGCGCUCGAGGCGCAGCUGGAGCAGCUGCGGGCCGCGCACGCCACGCAGCUGGCCGCGCUGCGCGACGAGCUGGCCGCGCUGCAGCGGCACCACCAGGAACUCCGAGACUCAUACCAGGAGCUGACACUGGCGCGCCAGCAGUUGCAAGACGACUACGAGAAGCUGAAGCGUGAGGAAGCAGACAAGUCCGCCAAACUCAAGGAACUCAUUCAAAGCGUGGAGAGGCGUGAGCAGGCGCGCGCUGACCUCAAGGGGCUUGAGGACACCGUGGCCAAGGAGUUGCAGACAUUACACAAUCUGCGCAAGCUGUUCGUCCAGGACUUGCAGGCCAGGAUAAAGAAAUCGACCAACUCCGAAGAGGGCGCCGAAGAGGAGGGCGGUUCUCUCGCGCAGAAGCAGAAGAUCUCGUUCCUGGAGAACAACCUGGAGCAGCUGACGAAGGUGCACAAGCAGCUGGUGCGCGACAACGCCGACCUGCGCUGCGAGCUGCCCAAGCUGGAGAAGCGGCUGCGAGCCACCAUGGAGCGGGUCAAGGCGCUUGAAACCGCGCUCAAGGAAGCAAAAGAAGGCGCUAUGCGUGACCGUAAGAGAUAUCAGUUCGAGGUCGAUAGAAUCAAGGAGGCAGUGCGCGCAAAGAAUCUCGCUCGAAGAGGCCCGCAGGCGCAAAUUGCGAAGCCGAUCCGCGCGGGCGGCGGCCACGUGGUGGGCGGCGCGCCCGGCGUGCUGCGCGCGGCGCCUGCGCAGGACAUCAAGCGGAAAUCCAUCAUCGUGGGCGCUAGAGAUGAAAGUUGAAGAGGUAGCCGUUACAGCAUAGAGAAUUUAAAUGAAACUUUAUAGGUGUACCUACCAUGGGCGGCGGAAUCAUUUCUUGAAAUAUACCCAUUAUAUUUACUACGUGUUAAAAGCCUAAUAAUAAACGCAAGAAAAAAAAAAGAAAAAUAUCGUAGUCCUCUUAGGCUUAAAAUUUCGAGCUAUUUAACCUUAACGUCAGUAAGUGCACAUGGAUUUAGAACUAAUAGCUUUUCGCUAAUUGUAAUAGGUCAGGUUUCAUAUAAAUUCAUUAUUACUAUCGGUUAUCAUUAGAUACCCGUGCAAAAAGUAUUAAAAGUGAGCGGACCCGAGGCUUCGAUGGUCUUUGAUGUUGCUAUUUUUAAAUCAAAUGGAACGAUAUUUUUAUGAAAUGACAAGUAUUAAAUUUAGUUUUGUGUCUUUCAAGCUUAACUGCAUUUUAUGCUAAAUUAUAUACAUACCUAAUCAAUUUUGUGAUUAUCAUGGGGAGAAAUGAGGUUAGUGCGGUACGUUAACUAACGAUGAGUACAAAGUUGCCGAGCCAGUUACCAAAUGUACGAAUAACCAACAUGUAGAGGGCGGCCCCAUUUCUUUCCAUGUCUUAUAAAAACAAACGACAAUGAUUUAAAGAUGCAAUAUGUUAUUAUCUUUAAGAAUAAAUACGCUGUGACUUAUUGCAGACUUGCAUCUGCUGCCGCACAAAUAAAAUCAAUAAAAAUAAAAAUACAAAAAAAGUAAACAGCGUUUCGAAUAGUCCUCUUAUUCCACGUGUGGUAGCAAAUGCAUACCAGUGUGCAUCUUCAAUGUGUAGUUGUAGACUAAGCUUCUUUAAUAUAUAUUUUUAUAUAUUGUGAUAAGCGUUGUUAUGCCGACAUGUGAGCAUUUAUUUAGUUAAAGAUCGACUUUUGGUAUAUACUAUACAUUCACAAGGUGUAAUGGGUGAUAACUCGGGAGUGAUGGGCGUCAGAGGUAGCUCGGUAUCGGUUCUGUCAACUAGCGUGGUUCGCGACGCCUGGGCGACUUGCUGCCACUAGCAAGUUCUCGGCCGCUAGGCACGGUCUGCGCCAGAAGGAUUCACGAUACGUUUAGUGGGCGAUUUUUAUAUUCGCAUUUCGGAAUAUGAAAAUCUCUUUCAACUAAAAUACAUUUUUUGCUCUGGUAACUAUAAAGAUAAAAUUGCCGAAACACAAUAGUUGAAACGUUUAAUAGAGUUUAUGCAUAAUAAAAUUAGAGUAGGUUAUCAUUCAUAUCACCUUUCGCUUGGCCCUCAUCGCGCGUCACUUUCACGUUUGCUUGUGAGCUGUGAUGAUUUAUUUUUGUAGCAAAUGUUCUACAUAUUUUUAUUACGUCUGUAUGUACGUUUCUAUAGUAAUUUUAGUCACUAAGUUCCAUGUUUGGCUUUUGUAACUAUAUCUACGACUAGGGUGAACUAUAUAACGUUCUUUUAUUUAGUAACACAACGAAAAGAAAUGUCUCAGUUUUGUCUGCAGAAUACUUAACACAGAGCUUACAAUUUAACAUCUCAGUGUAGUUUUCAAAGUUCUGUUUUUUUUUAUUGGUUAAAUUUAUCUUUUUGCCUUUAAGGUGCAUCAGCUUCAUAGUAGAUCUGUAACUUAUGUAAGUACUUAUGAACUAAUCACGUUGGGAUUCAGUUGAGCGUGGGCUCGCAGUAGCUAUUCUGAAGCGAGUCCAAGCGCUGUUCUCUAUGAGGAGUUAUGGAACUAUAGCAGGCUACAUGUCCAGAAAACCAAAGAUGAAUCACAAUUUUUAGGAUUUAUUUUUUUGAGAUUAUUUAGCAACAAAAAUUUAUUUAAGCCCCGAAUUACUUAAUGGUUCCAAAGCUCCUUAGUGUGUUGCAAUACAUUUAUCAUUUAGGUGUAAAGUUGUAGUAAAUUAUUUCACACUUAAGUUAGAAAAUACUUGAUUUUAUUAUAUUUUAUUUAUUUGUAUUUCAUUAAAAGAAACUAAAUUAUCUUGUUUUCACUUAAGAAGUGUUAUACGCUUUUUUACAUACCUCUAUUUACAUUAUUUUAAAGUAAUCAUGAUCAAACAUAUAUUUUACAUUCUAAAUUAGAGAUGUUUACAAAGAUGCAUUCCAUUCGGAAAAUUUGUAUCUUUGUGUAUCUUUAAGUUGGUUGUUUUGUUAAAAUAUAGUUAGUAAGAGGCUAUCCUCGGUUUCCACUCGCCUGUUGCAUAGAUAGCUCAAACCGGAGUCCCAGGGCUCCGCGCUCGCGGAUCGGUGGCCGGCGAACCCCAAACCGGCAGGCUUGCCUUUGCACCAAGUGAUUUAGUUUGUAUUGACAUCUUUUGUAUGAUGUAUUUAAUAUACGGAAAAUUCUCAAAAAAGAGUGUUUUCUUGAUUUUUAUUUAUUAUAAAAAUAAAAUUAUGAAUUUAA